AUGUUCAAAGGCAUGAUGGAUGCUGUGUGGCUUUUGGGGGAGAAGGAGCCCAGCAUGGCCCGGGCUACUGUUCGCAGCAUAGGUGGCUUUACGCUGGGCUUGUCCUUGGCCAUGGCCUACGGGCUUAUGGAGCUCCUGGUGGAGGGGCACAGCCCAUGGGCCUGCCUGGUUGGUACCCUCACCUUGGCUGCCUUCCUCAGCCUGGGCAUGGCAUUCUCCCGCCAGGUCCGAACAACUGUCUUCCUGCUGCUACCCCAGGCCUUCUCCAAGCAGGGCCGAACACUGCUGUUGGUGGCUGCCUUUGGGUUGGUGCUACAGGGACCUUGUGCUAACACCCUGCGCAACUUUACCCGGGCCAGUGAGGCUGUGGCCUGUGGGGCAGAGCUGGCCUUGAACCAGACUGCGGAAGUACUGGAGCGGGCCAGGCAGCCCCUUGUCAGUGCCCUGAGCAAGAUUAAAGCUAUUGCCCAGAGGGCCAAAGUGGUGGCUGACCGGGUCCGCAAGUUUUUCCGGUCAAUCAUGGAAGGCGUGAAGCAUGUAGCCAGGGUCCUGCGGAAUGUGUGGUACUGGCUCCUCCACAUUGGUGACGUGUGCAACUCGGAGCUGGGGAACCCUUAUAUGAAGUGUGCACGGGUUUUUGAUGACGCUAAGGACAGCUGUAUGAAGUUCAUGCCACACACCAACCACUUGUGUUUCGUGCUCAUGCCCUUCAAAUUGGUGCUCUGUGGACUUGCCAGCUUGGUCCAGGUGUUUUGCAUCAUACCCAACUACAUCCAACCCUUCUUGCGCAAGACCAUUGGCACCCCCGUGAUGAAGCUGCUUAACCGGGUGCGUCAGGAGUUCGAGUUCAACAUGACAGCCACCCACUACUUCUCUGUUGAUCUCAAUGCCUCUCGGAGCCUGUCCCAAGUAGCUUUGGACCUCCAUGAGGCCAUCAGCUUGAAGCUGCACCGCACCCGAGAGGUCCUGGCUCUGAUGGGCUACACCACGCCUCUGUUCCUGAUACUUCUCUACCUCCAGGCCCUGAUUUACCGGUACUGUUACCUGAACUGGGACAGUUUUGACAAUAUCUACAUCACCAGCCGUUUCCUGCACAUGGAGGCCAUCCGUUCCAUGGCAGGAUUGCCCACAGUGCUGCCACUCAGUGCUCACGAGGCCAGACACUAUAUUCGGCCAGGAUCCAUCUUCCUGUCCCGCUGGGAGCAGAUUUUUUACAUAAUGGAAACCUUCAACCUUGCUCGCCACCUCCUCCUCGUGUUUCUCCUGGUCUUUCUGGACUAUGCUGUCUUCUGGGUGCUCGACCUGGCCCGGUACCAGCUGCAGGGGGAGAUUGUGGCCCGCAGCCCUGUGUUAGUGUCUAUAACCGUGGAAGGGACUGGCUAUGCGGGGAAUAUUUACCGCGACCUGGUGUCAGCAUUCGAUAUCCUACAACAAGGCAACAUCAGUAUCUUGUCCCAGCACUGCGCCCUGCGUCCCUCAGAACCAGACAGCGCUGGUUACGUGGUCAUUGGUGCCAUGUAUGGCCUGUACUUCUUUGUCACGUUGUUUGGCAACUAUGUCAGCCGGCUGCGGCGGGUCAUCUGCGCCUCCUACUACCCAUCCCGGGAGCAGGAAAGGAUCUCUUACCUCUACAACAUACUUUUGAGCCGCCGAACAAACCUGUUGGCCACGAUGCACAGAGCAGUGAGGCGGCGGGCAGCUGACGAGGACCACAUGAGUGUCCUCCAGCUGCUGGCCAUCAGGUGCCCUUGCCUAAGUCCGUUUCUCAGCCAGUUUCAACUACAUCAGGCCCACUGCCUAGGCUGUGGACAGCCUGAAGAUGAAGGAGACACGGGGAGCUUUGUGUCCUGUUGUACACCAGGCUGCCGAGGUCUCUACUGUCACACCUGCUUCCGCCUCCUGGACAACACCUGCCCCCUGUGUGCAUCUCCCCUCUCCUUCCAGGGGGAACAGGACCUGGAGCUGGACUCUAGCGAUGAGGAGGGUCCCCCGCUUUGGCUGGCUGCAGCUCCAAGAAGGGCCCCUGAGCAGGAGCCAAUACUGCAGCAACAUUUGCAAGAAGCACUGGGCAGGAGCCUCUCUGAGAAGUCAAGCUCUGAGUCCAGUGACCUGGAUGAGCAAGAGCCUCUGCAAAGGAAGCAGUCACAGUAGCUCCUUCCAGAAGCCCAUCAAUCUGUCCACAUUCCCUUGCCCCCUGAACCCAACUGACCACCUAAGAAAUCCUCUGCCCCCAAAGAAGCCCCCCUCCCCAGCCUUGGAACCCCAGGGCCCUCUCGCCCGCCAGCCCGGGGGCGGCGUGAGUCAGGGGCGGCAGCGGUGGCGGCGGCUCCCGGCUCGCACCUGGGAGGGGAGGAGGUGGGGAGAAAAGGGUAA